AUGUUCGCUGCCAGACGAUCUGCUCCUUCAGCGCGGCAGCUGCUGCGCACCCAGCGCCGCUGGGGCUCCCACGCCGCCCAUGCGCCCGUGAACGAAAGCUUCGGCCGUAGCUUCUACGUCACCUGCGGCUCCAUCGCCUCCGCCUUCGCCCUCUACCACGUUAGCAAGGCCAACGAGGAAUCCGGCUCGCCGUCUUGGAUCUCCGAUCUCAUUAGCAAGUGGUCGCCUUCCCAGGAGGUCUUCGAGCAACGCAAUGCUAUCCACACCGCCAUGAUGGAGAAGGCUGCCUCUGACCGCCACUUGCUCGGCAGUCAGAGCCAAGCCGAGGCUUUUACCCUUCGACAGCCUGAUAUGAUGAAUGCCGGCUCUCCGUACAACGUUUCGCCCGGUUCGCAGGCCGACCUGAGCCAUGUCGUGGCUCACUACCAGCGCAAGAACCAGGAGAUUGAGGAGUCUCGGGUUGCGCGGAUGAAGGAUGGCAAGUCCUCUAUCUACGAGUAA